AUGGCCAAGGCUUUCCACCCUUUCGAGGUCACGCCCGUACAUAUUGUCUACGUCGGGCUUGGCCUCUUCAUUUGCAUCUUUUCCUACCUCUCGCUCUUCAUCAAAGAGCGUCUCUACCUCGGUGAAGCUCCCAUUGCCGCCGCUUUCGGCAUCAUUGUCGGGCCCAUCGCCAUCAACCUUUUCAAUCCUGCCAGCUGGGGAGGCGAAGAUGGUGUCACUCCCGGCGGUGUUCACACCGAUCACAUCACCCUCGAAAUCAUGCGCGUCACCAUCGCCCUUUCCGUCUUUGCCAUCGGCGUCGAAUUGCCCAAAAAGUACCUCUUGCGCCACUGGCAGUCGAUCGCCAUCCUUCUCGGCCCUGUCAUGGCUUGGGGCUGGCUCAUCACCGCCUGCUUCAUCUAUGCCCUCAUUCCAGGUCUCGACUUUCUCAACUCGCUUGUCGUCGCCGCCUGUGUAUCUCCUACCGAUCCCAUCUUGGCCCAGGCCGUCGUCGGCGGUCCGUGGGCCGAGAAGCAUGUACCCGCCCACGUUCGUCACAUGCUCAUGUGCGAGUCCGGCUGCAACGACGGCGCCGCCUUCCCCUUUCUCUACUUGGCCCUCUACCUCACCCAGAAUCGUGACAAUGUUGGCCACGCCAUCGCCCAAUGGUUCUACGAGACCUGGGCCUACGAAAUCAUCUUGGGCACUCUUCUCGGUGCCUUGAUUGGCUACCUCGCUCGCAAGUUUCUCCGCUUCUCCGAACGCAACAAGCUCAUCGACCGAGAGUCGUUUGUCGCGCAGUACAUCUCGCUCGCCAUCGCUAGCAUGGGUGUCAAUGUCCUGCUAGGCUCCGACGAUCUUCUCGCCGCUUUCGCCUGCGGCACCGCUUUCGCCUGGGACGGUUGGUUCACAAAGCAGACCGAAGACUCCAACUUUUCCAACAUUGUCGAUCUGCUCUUCAACAUUGCCACCUUCAUCUACAUUGGCGCUCUCAUCCCCUGGCACGACUUUGUCGACGCCGAGAUCGGCUUAUCCAUCUGGCGACUCAUUGUGCUUUCCAUUUGCGUUCUGCUCACCAAGCGCAUUCCCAUCAUCUUGGCGCUGUGGAAAUUUAUCCCCGACAUUAAAACCUUUAGAGAGGCCAUCUUCUGCGGCCAUUUUGGCCCCAUCGGAGUCGGUGCCAUCUUCAUCGCCACGCUCGGUCGAACUCUGAUGCCCCAUGACAUCCCCUCUCCGCCACAGACAACCAACGACGUACUCGCUCUCACCAUCCAGCCCAUCGUCUUUUUCUUUGUGCUCUGCUCCAUCCUCGUACACGGCUUCACCAUCCCUUUCUUUGCUUUCGGCAAAAACGCUCGACGACGGGCGCACACCUUGACACGCACCUGGAGUCGCAAUCCUUCCAUGCGAGACGAUGAGCCCAGCUGGAUGGGACGCGUGCGUCGCGUCAGGACUGGCGAGGAUGUCAUCAUCAACACUGACGAUAUCAGUGCCGACAAGAUGUCCGCCCAGCAGCUCGCCCUUAUCGGGCGUGGUGCCAUUGGUGGUUACCGCGAACAAGAGCUCCGUCGCGACGAUAGCAAUGACGAAAACUCGGCCACCGUGGCUCCAGAGUCCUCCACUAGCAGCCAAGACAAGGAACCGGCUUUUGUUGGCUUGCUCAACACGCGCACCGAGCGCGAUCUCGAAAAGGCCCAAGCUCUCGGAGACCAAUGGAACGAAAAGCAUGCCGACCCAAACCAUGCCCAAGAGGCAACCGAGAGCAGUGCGGCACCAACGAAGCGUCUCUGCGACAACAUGGACGGCAUCGAAGACUGGCAAGGUAGCGACGAGGAUUCGAACCCUGCAGCCGACUACCUCGGUGACAACUGUGUCGAAAUGCGUCGAUACCGCGAAAGGCUACAAGCAAAGAACGAUGCCAGCAGCCAGUCCAAAGAGCAGACAGAGAGGGCGCGCGCAUCCAUAGAAGAGCAAGACCUUGGAGAGGCACCGAUGGACCGCGAUAUCAUCUGUGGCCGGAUCCAAGCGGAUGAAGAGGAUGAGGCUUGUCGACAAGACCAUCAAGGUCAAGCUCGUCUACACCACGAUCGCCCUCCUUCCAAUGAAAAGGACGGCAACGAUUGGCCAAAAGUGCGCAGCUGGGUCGAAGGGCACACUUUGGUGCUUGAAUAUCAGAAGAGCUUUUGCGACGACCCUCAGGUUGAAGUGAUUCAUUUGACCGACAGCGAACGCGAUGCACUCGAAGCGUCCGACGCGCCUGCUCAGGAUUGGGUGCGCCAACACCAUGGCGAGCUCGCUUUCUUAGCAAACCAAGAUUUUGCCUCGUGGAACUCUACCAAGACCAUCUCACAGCUGCUUGAGAACAAGGUGCAUGAUUGGUGGCUGAACAAGAACCAAAAGCACUAUGUCAAGGCCGAAGCACCAAAGGAAGAGUCGGCGCAAGAUCGCAAGGAUCGCGUUAACCUCAUGUACGGCGCCAUGUCAUGGGCCCAAGAUCGUCGAGGCGCGGAGAAUAACCGUGACGUCCCACCGAGCACAUCUCGAACUCGUGCUGCGCAGUCAAACGACGACACAAAUGGCAACCAUACACCGCCUGUAGUCAGCGCACUGUACAGUGAAAACGCCGGUGGUCGCCCUGCCGGUCCUCAGGACUCGUCGGUUCCGGAAGGAAGUCACAGCGCUCAAGGUACGGAGCAUGACACAACAUCACAAGAAGAACCUUCUUCAAAAUCGACGCUCACAUCCAGAGAGGCAACGUUGAAGCGUGCCAACUUGCGCAAAAAGGUGUUGGUCGGACAGAUCGGGUUGUCGGGAGGAACAAAGUCGACAACAAGCAAAGACUCCGAGGAAGAGGCCUCGGACGAAGAUCAGCAGGUCGUCGACGACCAAACAUCGAGACCAGAGCCGUACACGACACCGCGCGUCAUGAUUUCGGAACCAGCAUGGUCAUCCUUGACCCGAAAGCACAAGCUGAGCCCAGCCUCAAGCUUCCGUACGCCCGGCAGUAUAGGAGACAAGGGCAAAGCGAAGCAAGAGGACAAGCAAAAGUUCUUCCCGCGUUCCUCUUCAGCUGGUGGUGGCCUCGCUGCGCCAUACCAUGCGUCUUCAGGCGUGAGCAACAGUCCUAUCCUCAAGGCCACACGAUUCGCUUCUAGCUCGGGACAGGAUGUCGACAACUCCAAGGAGAUGAGUCGCAACUCUUCGUCGGUGCAAUGGCUCGACAUUGCCGAUGCGUCGCACGACCGUCAACCUGGCCAUCGUCACGGCGGUCCGAUCAACGCUGCGGGUGCACAGGCCUUUUCGCGGCGGUCAAGAACGUACAACGGAUCUUCUGGUAAAGAAUUGAAUCGCGAUGUGCGCGUCUAUCACCUCGACAGUGAUGACUCGGAUGCGUCUAGCGAUGAUGAUGACGAGGGACGCCGGCACGGAGGAUUAGGUAUACGCGAUGGAAUGUCUCGCAUCGGCGCUUUCUUCCAGAACUUUACUGCACCCAAGGGCGAAGGUAUGGGCAAUCCUGGUCCCACUUCGCAUCCGCAUCUCUUUGCCAUGCGACUCGGAAGCUCGGACAAGGACGAAGGCGAACAGCAAGAGGAAGCUCGCGAUGCCAAGCGUUCUCCUGUCUCGAGUCGAACGCUGCGCCGCGAGAUCACGAGGGAUAAGGAGGACGAGAUGGAAAGUGUGGCGCUACCACCGGCAUCGACUAGUCCGCCGAGCCCCGAGAGUAGUUUGUUGAGGAGAGGUGCAACUGGACAUUAUGGAAGAGGUGGUGCGGGAAGCGCAAACGUCGGUGCAAGCGCAACGUUGACGCCGAAAGCGGUACUGGAUGUGCCGAACGAGGACCGAACGUCUGUGUCGCCUGGCUCAACGUCCAAGUAA